AUGUAUUUUUAUGUUAAAAAAAUUUUUAGGAGUACCAGAUCCGUUGAGGCCUUAACCGAAUUUGUUCAAAAACAACUUCAAGUCAGCAUAAACGAAUUCCCCACAUUGGAAUACCUCAAUGGUGCAAUUAAAUCAGAAAAGAGAAAUAUUAUUGCUUACUUCCAUUGUAGAGAUUGUGUGGAAUAUCAAAAUUUUCAGAAAAUUGCUGCUCUUUUACGCGAUGAUUGUGCCUUUUGGGUUGGUAGAGAUGCUGCUUUGACUGCCAUAAAAGAAAAUAUGAUGUCCUUUCGUGAUCCUACAACACAAGACGAGCAAAAGUUCAUUGGAAAUUUUGCCGAUUAUGAGUUUGUCAAACACUGGUUGACUGACAAAUGUAUUCCUCUUGUAAGAGAAGUUACUUUUGAAAAUGUUGAAGAAUUAACUGAAGAAGGAUUGCCUUUUCUUAUACUCUUUCGCGAUCCAAAUGAUCGAGAACAGGACAAAAUGUUUACUGAAACGGUUGCUCGUGAAUUGCAUGAUCAAAAGACGGCAGUUAAUGCUUUACUUGCUGAUGGUUUUAAAUUUGCUCAUCCUCUCAAACAUAUGGGUAAAACCUCUAAAGAUUUGCCAGUUCUUGCUAUAGACUCUUUCCAACAUAUGUUUUUGUUUGAGAAUAUGCAUGAAUUACAUGAGCCUGGCAAAUUAAGACAGUUUAUUAUGGAUUUACAUUCUGGCGAACUUCACAAAAAAUUCCAUGAGACUUUAGAUGAAAAAAUUGCCGAAAUUCAAAAGAAAGCACUUGAACAGCUUAACGAUGAUUUUGGAAGUCCUCCAAGUGAAGGAGAUGGCGGUGGCGGUGCUAAACCCCCUUCAAUAAUGCCAAAAGACACAACACCAGUACCUUCAAUAUUUAAAGAAUUGAAACCUUCAGAGAAGCGUUAUUCUCUUUUACAAAAAACUGAGCUGUGA